GAGUUAAAACUUCGUGGGGUUCAGGGUGGAGAGGGACCUUGUGACCCCCCGUGUUUUCAGAGCUCUCUCCGUCUCGCAGCGGAGAAGAAUUGCCAUAAGGUUUGUUGUUGGUCUUGCAUUGCUCUGUUAUCUUUAAACUACUGUCCUAGAGGUAUUUAAAAUAUUUGAAACAAUAUUUAUGAAUGAAGUAAUGUCUCUUCAAGCGCUGGGCUUUAUUAAAAGGAAAAUAAACAGUCCGCGCUGAUUUUAAACAGAAACCUGCAUAUGAAGCUUACCCUCAAAAAUACACUUUUUUUUUUUUUUUUCCAAAAGAAAAUAGUGCAGGGUUAUUUUCUGCAUCAUUAGGCAUGCAAAUGGGUGUAGUGAGAACGUGCAGUUUAACAGAUCGUUGCAGCAGUAAAUCACAUCUAGAAGCAUGGUAUUGCUGGGUUCCUUAUCAUUUGGUUUCGCUUGAUGCACUUUGUUCCUGGUGAUUUCUUCCCUCAGUUGAGAGAGAAUAAACCCGGCACCUUUGAUGUGCCCAGGGGAAGCCUGCAUCUUGCUGAAGCACAAACAUGGAGAAAAAUGAAUGAGUUCUUGCUUGCAUUGGUACUGGGCCAUCUCCUUUUAAACCAUAUGCUGUGUAUUUUUGUAAAGUCUGUGCCAGGUUCAAUCACCUUCAUUCAGAGUUGCAGGAUCCUUCUAGAGUUUAACUCACUGCUUUUUGUACAGUGCUCUAUUAACGAGCAGGAAUGCACUAGGAACGUAUUUUACAGUCAUAGCUUUCAAUUUUCAUGUGAUUAGGGAGCAAACGUUUUCCCAUUACACUGAAAAGGGGAGUAUUUCUGUCUUGCACAACACUUUACCAUAGAGGCUAAUUACUAAUUACCAGGUUGGCAUCAGUUUAAUAUUUUUGGAGAGCAGUGCUUCAUCAUUGUUGUUUAUCACCACAAUUAAAGAAACUUUCACAACAGGGAAGGCAUAUGCAGUUCAUAUUUCCCCACUGAAGGCUGUUUUGGACCAGACAAGUGCACUACUGCUAAAUUUUUUUCUUCCCUGUGAACUUGGUAGAGUUGGCUGCUGUUGCAGAAGGGCUGGAUCUGAGCGCUAGCAUUUUAAAAUAGUGCGUGCUGCUCCUGCCUUUGAGUCAGGGUUCUGUAGCUACCAGAAUACAUUAUUUUUUCAAAUACCUCAGCGUAGCAAGCACAUGCUUCAUUUUUAAAUACCACUUAGAAAGAGAGCAAAAGUUCACGUGGCUCCAUUGCAAGAGAAUCAGGCAGACAAGUGGGGCAAUGGCAGGAACUGAAUAAAUGGGUAGAUGUAGCAGAGAAAUUUAUUUCAGAAAAUAAUUAUUUACCUCGUGGCAAAUAUUAACUGGAGGAUGCAAGACCGAAAAUGGAAAAGGUCAGCCAGAAGUUUACCCAUUUCAUUUUGCUGUUUUUUUUGCAAUUUGUCAGUUUAGAAAGCAUUAGAGAAACAAGAGACAUAAAUAUUUUACUAUCUCACUGUGAAACAGUAAUUCCUUAAGACAUGAACUCAAACAAUAUUAAAAAAUAAAACCAAAAUAUUCAGCCUUUCACCCGGUUCUUGCUUAUGUGAGUGCUGCUUUUGCUUGUGUGCUAAGCUGUGCUCUGAGCUACUCAGGCAUGGUUGGGUUUUCAUGGAGUAACCCGUCUUUACUACCCACAUUUGCUUUUCCUGGGCACAGUCCUCCAGGCUUUACUGUCAUGAGUAAUUCUUACUAAAGGCUUAUCAGGGUGACUAAUCGAGUAUUGAAAUUGCCGUGCUUUCCUCAGUAAACAGGAUCGGGCCUGUUUACUAUAUUUAGUAUUAGCUUGAAUUAGCAAAUCAAAUGUUUUCUCGUUGUCCCUGGUAAGAUGAUAUUUCUGAAAUAUAUUUCCUUAGGGCUGCAGUUGCCUUUAGGGAACAGCUAGUUCAGUGAGGGCUUGUACAGUAGGUAUAUUUCACUUUUAUAGCAUGUACUCAUUUUCAGCUGAGGCUCAGAACAAAAUCACUCCAGUGACUGUUCUCUGCCUUGUUAUAGUGCAUGGUAUUGCCAGUCCUUCUGCAUGUGAGUAGCCCUGUUUAAACUCAGUGGGUGGACUUGAGAAUUAAGAAUGAUCUUGUAGGCUAAGAGUUUGCAGGAUCAGGCAUGCAUGAAGAAAAUGUCUGAUAUUCCUGAGUAACAAGGCGGAAUCUGUGGAAAACGAAGGAAGAACAGUCAUUUUCUCUCCUGCAAUGCAAAACGUAUAUUUUUAAUUGGAAAAGUAAGUUUUGUAAGUCAGAGUGGGCAGGUUUUUCUUCUAUUCUGACAGAUUUGGUCUCUAUAUUGUAGCGCAGAGAUGACUGAUAACCCCUUCAUAAAAUUAGAAACCACACCCCCAGACCAUCUGGCAUAUUACUUAAAGAAAAACACUACCCAACAUGGAGCUUAUCAUUGUAUUCAAAAAAGAAAAUCCAGGCCAGUUUGUCAGAGCCCAGUGCUGUAUGUCCGACUCGGAGGGUAAAGGCAGCGUGAAAAUUCUCUGUUUCUAUCAGGAAAUAGGGUCUUGUAUCAAUUUGCUGCGAUUGGAAUCUGGAGGCAGUGACAGAAUUGCCUUGGCACGACGGAGAGCAGAGUCUGACCCUGUUUAAAGGAGAAAGCAUGCACAGUCCCAGGAAGUAGGCAGCUCUAGUGUGCAGAGUACAGUUUUACUACGAGCAGACUAAAUCCCCAAAACGGGGGCAUUUCCUCUGCUCUGCUUGUGAAGUUCUCUCUGGCUCAGCAGCGUGGUUUUUCUCCUCGUGCUUCACCUCUCCCAUCUGUCCUGUGGGAGGUAGAGUUCAUUUCAUCACCUAUUAUGUUUGCCUCCUGCUGGGAACAGAUUUUCCCCAAGUCAUCUGCCUGCAUGGGGAAAGGCAGGGCUGAGUGUGCCUCUUUGCACGGGUUAAGGGCAUCCACCAGGGUCACCUUAGGCCAUGUGAAUUUAACAGCCUGUGAUUAAGAACUAGCAGAGCAGCUUUUGUUAAGUGGAGAAACGUUCUAAAUUAACUGUGUUCUUCCAUGGAAAAAGUGUUAGGCUGCUGCAGAGUUCAAUCUUUUGGAAAAUCUGCUGUUGACUUUGCAGGUUGUGGUGUGGUGCUCAAUGAAGGAAGGACGUUGCAGUCCAAUGUUUUGGCUUCCCUUGCACUUCUUACACAUCAUGAGAGGCAUCUUCCAUGUGUGGCCUCUGUUUUUCCUGAGACAGAUGAGGGUAUACUCCUCCUCCUUUACAGUUGGUCGAUCACACCUAGGUAAAGGAAAAAAAGAAAACCUAAACAAGCGAGCUGCUACUUAUAUUUCCUUUAACAGAUCAAAGUUGAAAACUUAAUGACAUCUAUCUCUGCAGUUGAAAUGUCAGAAGGGCAAAUUUUAUAUCAGCCAAAAAGAAGAUCAAAAAACAGACUGAUGUUGCCGUGGGCUUUCUGGCUCUAGGACUGAUUUGUAAGACAGACCAUUUAAUUUCAUUUUAUUGUACCUUACAUUGAAUUCCUGAAAAAAAUGAGAUUAUAAGAAUUUCCUAAACUGCUGCUGUUGGUACUAGAAGUCUUGGAUCUGUAGUUUCUGGAUGCACAUCAAAGUGAAAUCUAGAAGGGUUUGCAUUUAGACUGCAUGUGUUGGGAGUUGUACCUCACAUAAAAUAGUUUGGUAAGAAGAUGGAAAUGCAUAUAAAUUGAUAAAUAGAAAAUAGCAGUAAACUUAGGAUGCUUUCCACAUGCUUCUUGAGUGAGAAGAGUAAUCAUGUAUUGGCAGAAUGUCACAGGAACUCUGUGAUUUAUAUUCCAUGACCCAGUGGAAAAUUGCCAAUCUGACAAAAAAGAACAAUUUCAGCUACACUAAUGGAUUGACCAAGGCUAAUUGCAAGAGUUUUUAUGCCCAUCAUUGAUAUGUUGUCAGUACAUAAAAGAUUACAGAGAAAUGUCUUGAUUGGCUGCCAUGAAAACAUUUUUUUAUUAUUAAAUCGUUAAAAGAAAGCUGCACUAAUCUGGCUCUGUGCAGCAUCCUCCAUCUUCACUUGGUGACGAGCAGUGUUUGAGUUCUAAACUAAGAACCACCCAUUUCUAGGCUUUCUGCUCUAAACCUCAUUUUGUGAGGUGCUAAGCACCCAUAAACUCGCAUUUCCUUUGCUAAGAGCUUAUCCUCACCCUGCAACGAAAUCAGUACAUUGGAGGAAAAACUGAUACACAUUAAGUAUCACCCUUCCUUAAAGUCAAACUAGAGAGUGCUCUUUGUAGCAUGGUGGUUUUAAUGAAAUAAAAGGAGGUCUUCUGGCCAUGCUUUCAGAGCCAAGUGUGAGUUUCAGAGCUGACUUGGUGAUUUUUCACUCCUGCUUGGGCAAGACUCCAGUUGACUUAAACAUUGCUUGAAGUGCAUUGAUUUUCCCAUUGACUUCACUGGGAAAUGGAAUUCCUUCCAAAUGCCUGUGGGAAUCGGGGGACACUUAAGUGCCUUUAGCAUUGUAGUGUCUUCUGGCUCCAGCCAUGCCCCAUGAUUCUGUUUAUUAAACCAAACUUGGAUGAUGUGAUGAUAGAAAUAAUACAAUUUGUGUUAGAUAACGCAUUGAGGUUUGACUGGAACUUGUUCUGCUGAGCUAGCUGUGUAGAUAGAUCUCUUGUAACCCUCACAGAGAGACAUGAACUUAGGACCUGCUAUACAUGCUCUUCACCUUAGAAAUCAUCUUAUAAACAACACAUCUCCUUGAGGUGUCAUUUUGCUUUAUAAACGUGGUGAUGGAAAAUGGCUAAUGGCAGCUGAGUCGAGCACUUCUGUGUAAGCACAUGACUUAACAUCCUGGUUAGCUGAUCAUACCAGUCCUUUGGCUCUUACCAGCUUCUUUACAGGAGGCAGCGAGGGAUCCUUCAUGCUAGCAGGGAGCUGUGCCAGCAUUGCUGAGUGUGGGAUUAGGAGCUGUGGCCCAGCCCUGCCGUAGUGCUGGCAGCCCUGCCAGCUUCCCUUUCCAGCCUGAUGCCUGUGCCCACCAAGCAGUUGGGAUUAGAGGCAUUACUUUUGUGUCUAAUCUCCUUAUAAACAUUGUUUGCUUGUGCACGGACAUGCUUCUUGCUCUGAGCCUAGCUUGGAUCUCGGGCUGAGCAGAAUUCACGCUGCUGUCGAGUAUCACUUCAUUGCCUCAAAUUGAGGGAGAGGUUGUGACAACUUGAAGCUGCCAAAAAGGAGGUCGGUAUUAAGGUGUUGGGUGGCUGAGUGCUAGGAAACAGAAGAGAGCUGGAGGCACAUCAGAACGGAUCCUCAUUUUGCAUAACGCCAUUUGGGAUCAGGUGGAUGGCCUGGUGCCAUUGGAAUGGGAUGUGGGAGACCUGGCUCCACUCCCCAGCUCAGUUGCAAACUUCCUGUGGGAUCUCUGGCAAGCCAUUUUAUUUAUACCACUGAUGAGUUUUCUGGAGUAUGGGGUGCAAUAAAAGCAGAAAUAAAACCCUUUAGUCAUUGCUGUGUUACAUGACAGGACUGGGACUGCAAAUAAGGCCCAAUACCAGCUAAUUAGUCUGGUUCCAAAAUUUCCCAUUGAAAUCUAUGGGAAACGAGUACCAUACAUAGGAGCUUGGAGCCAAUUUACUUGGAUAAAUUGAGACUGUGGAUUUCACAAUGACUAAUUUCAUACGAGGAUCUGUUCAGCUGAUAAGGAAAAUAGACAGGACCAGUGGGUGAUCCUGGCACGACCUCUUGGACCUCUGAUUUUAUCUUGUCUUAGCUACUUACAGUAGUAUUUUCCAAGAAGUAAUGAUAAACUCUGAGAUGCAGAACUCUUUCUAAGGUGCUGAAGAUCCUGCUAUCUUCAUGUCUCACCUGGCUGUACAGGUGAUUUCAUAAGCUGCAUGUUCCUUAGGGCACAAUUUCUUGGAGGGAGGAGAAAAGGAGUUGGUUGUUUUGUGGAACAGAGCCUUAUGAUGUGUGUUACUAAUAAAACUGAGAUUAAAACCAGUUCCAGAGACAGACAGCUGUGUGUACAGAACAAACUGGAAGCAGGGAGUGUGACAGUGCAAAAGAUGGGAGUGUAGGGUGUUGUAGCUUGCAGAGAGGGUAAUUGAGUACUGUAUAAUACCCUUUUGCAUUUUUUUAGAGCACGUCACAGUUUUCUUAGGAGUCUGCAGUCAAACCUUGAAACUCUGCAAUGAUGUUCCAGAGGACACUCCAAGCAGCAGAGUGGUGCUAAACCCCUUAGUUUGGGUGUCCUGGGGUCUGUGUGCAGUUCUCUGUUUGGUUCCUUCUUCCUGAUCCCCUAUUUGCAGAUUGUGCUUGUGGUUUUCAGACCCCACGGCAUGGGACACGACCUGAACUGCUUCACUUAACAAACCCAAAUAGUUGGAGCAGUUAUUUUGUUGUUUUUUAUGAUAAAUGAAAUGCCAAGUUUUCCAUCUUUGCUUUUUCUCAUGGCCCUUUAACCCAUGUGGUAGGCUUAUUUAGGGAACAAGACAAGCCUGGAUGCAGUCCCAGAGUUUGCAGUAGCUUCAGAUGCCCCUCCAAAGGUUAGGAUACUUCACAGGGGAUUUGUUCUGCAACAGAGAGGCUAAAAGGAAACCCAUGCUAGUUACUUUUUGCUUUUGAUUCUGUCCUAGUACUGCCCUGAAAACCAAGCAACAGAAAAUUUACAGAGGCAGCAUUGUUGCUGUUGGGUCUAAUACCAUAUUGUCUACUGUUGCCUCAUACCAGAACUUCAAAAUGUUUGUAAGAAACAUUUCACAUGCAAGCUUACUGUUCCUAUUUCUACACCUUUCCAGUAAGAAAAACCAUAUUAUGCCUUUCACAUAAAAAUGCAACUGUUUUACUUUAGACAUGGUUGUCUGCCACAGUGUGUGCACUGUUUCUAGGGGCUUUCAGUAAAAUGGAUAUUGGAAUUAAAUUGUGCAUGCUUAUACAUGACAUUCAAUGUCUGUGUCUUUUGUCCCUGCCUUAUGCCCUUGCAAUUGCAUUGCCAGGGGUUACAUUAGACUAAUUGUAGCAGGAUUUGGUCUUGUGCCUAUGAACAGCACAGAUUUGUACCUGUGGAGCAGCACUGUAGCAGUACUGGUGCAAGUAACAUACCUGAGGUUUAACAUUUUGUUUCCUGUUCUAGGAUAUGAUGAUGUUUCAGAAACAAACUUGAGAUCUUACAGUGUUCAUUCUGCUAAACAUGUGCAAGAGAACCGUCCUGUGCCCAUUCGCAGAAAAAGAAGCAUUGAGGAGGCCAUCCCGGCGGUGUGCAAGACACGGACGGUGAUCUACGAGAUACCUCGGAGCCAGAUCGACCCCACCUCGGCCAACUUCCUGAUAUGGCCGCCCUGCGUGGAGGUGAAGCGCUGCACCGGCUGCUGCAACACCAGCAGCGUCAAGUGCCAGCCCUCCCGGAUACACCACAGGAGUGUCAAGGUGGCAAAAGUGGAGUAUGUUAGAAAAAAGCCAAAAUUAAAAGAAGUUCUGGUGAGAUUAGAAGAGCAUAUGGAAUGCACCUGUACAUCAUCAAAUACUAAUUCAGAUUAUAGAGAAGAAGAAACUGGCGAGACCGAGGCAUGGAGAAAAGCCUGUGCAAGGUCAUACAGCAAGGCUGUGGCAGAACCAGGGAGAGGACUCAGAUCUGAGUGCUCAUCCAGUGCCCUAAAUCACACGACCAUCUUCCCUUUCCAAGAAUGAAUCCUUGCACCCUUAGAGCUAAAUACUGAAAAGAUUGAGGGUAAGUCGUUUUGCUAAUUACUGUGCAUCGGAUACAUGAUCAAAAGCCACUGCCAUAUUGUCAGAGAACGUAGUGAUUGAUGAAAAUCCAUCUUUCUGCCCUUGCAAUUAUGCAGCCUUUUAUCCUAUCAUGAGCCAGUCAUUUCCUGCUUCUCUUAGGAGUCAGCCUUUCAUGACUUACAGUCAAAAUUAUGCACAUAGAACAAGACUCAGAUUUUAUGGGAAUUUACAAAAAUUCAGUAGACAAUUUUCAUUCUCCUUUAGUUCAGUGUCAUUCCUUCCUUUUAUGGUGUGGGCAACAUUUCCAUGGGGAACUGUUUUUAUCAUGGGCCCAAUCUGAAAUUUUUUUCCCAGGCCCUAACAUGGAAAAACACUUUAAGAGAUGCUUGUCUUUGCUCUUCUUCACACUGGUGCCUGAGCAUGCUCCUAGGUUUGGACAAACAUCCCAUUGACCUCAGGCAAAUGGAGCAGAGUUGAUGCUUUAUUUUUUAAUUACUGUGUGCCUUCCUGACACAGGAUCCCAGUUGUGGGCUGGGGGUCUUUGUGCUCUCAGAGUGUUGAAGUAUUUUGUAAGCGACCUCAAAGAUGAAGUAACAAGUCUUGUAUAUACAACUAGGAAAACAGCUGGGAGUGUACCACUCCUGCUCCCAUGGAGAUUGCCAUUUUGAAUUACAUAUUUGUUCUUGGGGAAAAUAUUUUCUUGGCAUGGGUGGAUUCAGGACUGCAGUCACUAAUGCCAGUAAGCCCAUUUCAGAUGAUCUAUUUGGGUACCUCAGGAUAUAGUUUGAAAACUCACAGUUGUACUGAUAGCAGACAAAUUUGAAACAGGAAAAAUUAAUGUGAAAUUUGGCAAAUUUUGGUAUGGGAAAAA